AUGUUGCUUCAGUGCCACAAUCAAGAUGUUUGGCAUGGAAUUCCCGUAGAUGUCACGACAAAGUUUGAAGAUAUGCUCAUGUUUGCUCAAUUUGUGGAAAAGCUAGCAAGUGUUGCUGGCUAUCAGCAGUCACGUGUUGUCAAAUGCGAUUCAUCAGAAAGUAUGACAUCCGAUUCGGGAGACGACGAUGCAAGCGCCAGUCGCACGUAUGAAAUCCACCCGAAAGGUUUCGGUGCGUCCAAGACAGGAACGGUGAAAUACCUCGUGAAGAAUGUGAUGCUGCAAAGUCCUUCGAAUCAAAACGCUGGACGAGUGUUUCGGGGACGUGGAGGAGGCGGCCCUGCAGCGGGCGUGUUUGUGGACUUGGCCGAGGUGGAUGUGUUCGUGGAGUUGGUGACCGCAUCUUCGGAGGCCGCUCUCAAUGCCGAGGUUUUCGGUUCCUGUUUCAUCUCGUUCACUAAAGCCUCGUCCUUGUGUCUCGAAUCAAACGCCAAG